AUGUCCCACGGCUGGGGUGGCGCCCCAGACGACGGAUGGGGUCGUCCUCCAGGCGUGCGCAACGGGGGCGGCCCCACUGGACUUGCUCGCUCUGGCUAUGGGUCAGGACCCAUUUCCGAUGGCAGCCUUUUCGGGCCUCCUCCAGGGAUAGCGGGCUUUUCCGAUGGGGGCCCGCCCGGAGUGAAGCCGAUGGUCUCCAGUUUGUCUGACCCAGGCGGUCACAGCAAUGGAUUUGGAAGGGCCCCAGGCAUCGGCUUUCACAACAGCGGGUCUGUCAGACACCCAGACAGCCGGGAACGUGAGGAACUGGAUGAGCCUGACAGAGACCUUGGGAAGCGUGUGCAAGGCCAAAGGCAGCUCAACGACGCGUAUGAUGAAAUCAGGGUGGAGGGGGACAUCGAACAGCUGUACACCUCGGCAUUGACCUUUGAAGACAUGGGGCUUUCUGAAGACGUGAAGAAGGGCCUUUAUUGCAAGAUGAACUUUGAAAGGCCCAGUGCCAUCCAAGCGAAAACUAUACCACUGAUCUGCACGCCACCAUACAAUUCUCUUGUCGCACAGGCACAGAAUGGGUGUGGGAAAACGACAUGUUUCGCCAUCUGCAUCCUUCAUCGCAUCGACACGUCCCAACACAAGCCGCAAGCCAUCGUGGUGGUGCCUACCCGCGAGCUUGCAAUCCAAAAUGAGAUUGUGCUGCAGCGCAUGGGUGAAUACUGCAAAGUGACGACGAUCAGCACUUCUCAGACAGACGAAGUCCAUAGGAAGGCGGAGGUCAUCGACAGACACGUCAUCGUUGGCACCCACGGCAGCCUGGCCAUAUGGCGGCGGCGCCGGUGGCUUAUCCUCAACUUUCUGAAGGUGUUGGUGUUGGAUGAGGCGGAUGAAAUGCUCAAGGCAGGCUCGUUCGCGGACGACACAUACAGGAUGAUCAAGGAGGUGAAGGGCGUUGUGGCCAAGCUGCAGAUCCUCAUGUUCUCGGCGACCUACCCGCCACAGAUCAAAGCCUUUGCGGACAGGCUGUGUCCUGGGGCAAACAAGGUCUAUGUGCCCACCCAGGAGCUGUCCCUGGACAAGAUCAAGCAGUACCGAGUGUACUGCGCCAGCUUUCAAGACAAGAUCUUCGUUCUGCAGCACCUUCUAUUCCCACAGUGUGAGAAAUUGGGUGCGGCGAUCAUCUUUGUGCGCUACAGGCACACAGCACGCUACGUUCACAAAGUGCUCACUGAUGACGGUUAUAAGGUGACGGCCAUCAGUGGUGAGAUGAGCUUUGCAGAGAGGGACGAGGUCAUCGAAGAGUUCCGGAAUGGAGUGACGACAUUCCUGAUCGCCACGGAUGUCCUGUCCAGGGGAUUCGACGUUGAGAAUGUGACCCUUGUGGUGAACUUUGACAUCCCUGUGGAGAAGGACAUGACCUCACCAUCCAUGGAGAGCUACAUACACAGAGUGGGAAGGACAGGCCGUUUCAGGAGAAGGGGAGCGGCCUUCAACCUUGUGGCACUUGGGUCUGAGGAAGAGCACCGCCUGGAUCAAAUCGCGCGGUACUUCGAGAGGAACAUUCCCGAGGUGCCCACCGAGGAGGAAGCCUUCACAAAGGUUCUAAAGGAGGCCGGUCUCACAGAAGGAUAG